AUGAAAUUAAAAGUAAAGUGUCUGCCAGAAAAAGUACAUAUAAAUUAUGGAAAUAAUAUAGGUGAAAUGAUAAUAAUGUGGACCACACCAGAUGAUUGUAGUACUAUUGUCAGGUUUGAUACAUCACCCUGGAACUUUCAAUACCAAGCUUCUGGUUCCAGUCUUAAUAUAGAACAAAUAAAUCAAUCCAGUGCUAAAUAUAUUCAUAGAGUUAUUCUACAGAAUCUAGAAGGAGAUAAAACAUAUUUCUAUCGUCCAAUAAGUAAUGAUGUUUCUACUGGACCAUUUUACUUUAAAACUAAACCAAUUACUAAGGAUUGGAUACCAAAGUUUUUAAUACACAGUACUAUAAAUACAGAUAUAUUAUCUUAUAUUAAUAAUCAAGUUUUAACUGGUGAUAUUACAGCACUAUUCUCUACUCACAAUUAUAAUUAUGAUAAUCAAAAUAUCAAGUACAAUGAUGAAAUUGUUAAAAUGGUAGAGGGGAUAACAACUAAAAUACCUUAUUUAUUAUCACCUAGUAAUCAAGAAAAACUGUCAGAUAUUUUCACUGAAUACAGACACGAGUUCUCUAUGCCAGGUACAGAUUGGCCAAUACCAAUGAAUAAAUUAUGGUACAGUAUAGAUAUUGGUCCCAUACAUUUUAUCAGUUAUUCAACUGAAGUAUUCUUUACAAGUAAUAAGAAUUAUAGACAAGAACAAAGAGACUGGUUAAUAGCUGAUUUAAAACAAGCUAAUACUAAACGUACAGAGAGACCCUGGGUUAUAGCACUAGGUCAUAGACCUAUGUAUUGUACCAAUAUAACAAACAGUGACUGUUCAACUACAGAUUCUACUGUAAGAGCAGGAUUUGAAGAUAUAUUUUAUACUUAUGGUGUAGAUAUAGUACUACAAUCACAUGAACCACUAUAUGAGAGAUUAUGGCCUACCUAUAAAGAUGUGGUAUUAUCUGAUAACUAUACUAAUCCUAUGGCACCUAUACAGAUAACAGUAGGUCCUACUGUAGAUACCAAUAUUGACAAUAAUGAUAAUAAUACAGAAGAGUGGUCUGCAUUCCAUCUAACAAAUGGUACAAAAAGUAUUGGAUCUUUACAAGUUAUCAAUGAAACCCAUAUUCAAUAUGAUCAAAUAACAGCUGAUUCUAAAGUUCUCGACACUUUCUGGAUAGUUCAGGAGAAUCAUGGUCCCUUCCAGCGUGAAAAACUUCCUGAAAAAGUAGAGGAGAAAAUUGAAGAAACUAUCAAGAAAAAUGGAGAAAAGCCAGUGUAUGCUGAUAAAAAUACAGAAAAUGAAAAAGACAAUUUAUAUGAAACUGAUAAACAUCAGCGUAUUUAUAUAGGAGUUGCUUUUGGAUGUUUAUUUGUUGUGAUUGUUGUAUUUAUUGUUGUGAUAAGAAGUUGUCGACGUAAACAACGUACUAGUCGAAGAUGGGAAUCUAUGGAUUUUAACUACACUAAAAAAUUCUACAGUACACCUAAAGCUAAUGGUAGUAGUAAAAUGAUUGAUGAUGAUACAGAUUUUGAAAUUGAUAUGACAGACGGAAAUUUAGCAACAACUAAAUUACUUGAUGAUUGA